AUGGUUAAGGACCAGACUCACAGACUCAAUGGGGUCUGUGCUGGCAUGGGAGGCUUACCUGAGCCAUAUCCAUUGAAAGAGAGAGAGAGACAGAGAAAGACAGAGAGACAGACAGAGAGAGACAGAGACAGACCCUGUGCCAGACUGACAGCCACCCGCCACUGCCGCCCCGAGAGCGCCUGCCUGACAGCCAAGGAAAGGAAGGGAAGCCCACACAAGGAGGAGACCAUGUCCGAGACGGCCCCCGAAGCCCCCGCGGCCGCUGCCCCCGCAGCCAAGGCGCCGGCCAAGAAAGCCAAGAAGCCCGCCGCCGCCAAGCCGCGCAAAGCGGCCGGGCCCAGCGUCACCGAGCUGCUCACCAAGGCGGUGGCCGCCUCCAAGGAGCGCAACGGCGUGUCCCUGGCGGCGCUCAAGAAGGCCCUGGCGGCGGCCGGCUACGACGUCGAGAAGAACAACAGCCGCAUCAAGCUGGGCCUCAAGAGCCUGGUGGGCAAAGGCACCCUGGUCCAGACCAAGGGCACGGGCGCCUCGGGGUCCUUCAAGCUCAACAAGAAGCAGCAGCACGAAAGCAAAGACAAGGUGCUCAAGAAGAAGCCCGCCAUCAAGACCAAGAAGCCUGCGGCUAAGAAGCCUGCCGGCGCCGCCAAGAAGCCCAAGAAACCCGCACCCAAGAAGAGCCCCAAGAAGGCCGUCAAGAAAUCCGCCGCGGGAGCCAAGAAGGCAGCCAAGAGCCCCAAGAAGGCCAAGCCCGCCAAGCCCAAAAGGGCCGUUAAAAGCCCCGCCAAAACCAAGACGAAAGCGGCUAAACCCAAGACUCCCAAGGCGAAGAAACCAAGAGAAUAUUGUAGUGAGAGUUUAAACAAUUCACUAAAAGAAUUAACUAUUAAAUCUUUGCUACAAAAAUUGUCCAAAGCAACCAGAUAA